AUGUCUUCACGCUAUGCAGUUCUUGCAAACCUCAAAACAGGAGUUGAUAACUACAAGAUAAAAGUUCGAGUCAUACGCAAAUGGAGAGGAGCGACGAAAACUGGAGAAGAAUUCAAAAACUUCAACAUCCUGCUGCUAGACAACAAGAUGUUGUCGGUGUUAUUAAGGAUCAUAAGAUUCUUCUUGAACAGAUUACAAAUAGGCAUGGAAUUCAAUAGGAACAAGCUAAGUUUGUUAUAUCUGAUGGAAGAUGCUCCAAAUGUCACACAUGUUGCACCAACAACAUUCUACUUAAAUCUUAACCAUCACAGUGUCAACCAGCUGAGGAGGAUGUUAGCUAUACCUGAUUUCUCAAAGAAAGUAAUGGCAAUGGAGAAGAAGAAGAAAGCUGAGCUGCUUACUGUUGAAGCCAUAAAAUCAUUGGACAAAGAUUCUGUUGAGGCAGAAGUUCUGGCACAUGUAACCAUCAUGCACGUCGACGACCAACAGAAAUGGUUUUUCAAAAUUUGCACAUCAUGCGAUUUUGAAGUCGAUUUUGUCAAUGAAUUCUACAGUUGCGCAAGAUGCCAAAGAAUUGUACCCUAUCCAGAAAUAAGAUUUAGAUUGGUUGUCAUUGCUUUGGAUGCUACCGGUUCUCUUCAAAUCUUAUUGGAAGACAGAGAGGUUAGAAGUUUGCUUGGGAAAAGAGCAAGGCAGUUAAUUCCACAGGAAGCAACUGAAGAGUACUUCCCAGAAAGUUUCAAAAUGCUUGCAACACAAACAUUUACAAUCAAAAUGGAGAUCCAUGCAGCAAAUGUUUUGAAACAAUCAAAUCUCUACUGGGCUACAAAUAUAUGCCAUGGAUUCAAGUUGGAGGAGAUGGACACAGAAAUGGAACAACAACCAGAAAGCCAAAGCAUCAACACACAAGCCACUACAUCAACAGCACAUCUACCAGGAAUGUCUGACCUGAACUGCAAUUCAUCAGCAGUAACCAAUUAGGCUUCAAGCUUAAU